ACAAUUAAUAAUUAAAUAGGUUUUGCAGCAUGAAUCAUCAGGCUGUACUCGACUUCCUUCUGAGUAAGACGUGACGGGUGAACCCGAACAGGUUUGGCCACACAGAUGCAAACAGGGAGUUCAGGAUAUACCUGAGCAAACAGGAUGUGUUCAGGGUCUGGCACCAUGCUGGAAGGCUACAGCCCUGUGACCCAGGCCCUGCAGGGGACUCUGUUCACCUGGGGGCUGACCGCUGCCGGAGCCGCCAUGGUGUUUGUCAUCUCCAGCCGACAGAAACACAUCUUGGAUGGAAGUUUAGGCUUUGCUGCUGGGGUAAUGCUGGCUGCUUCGUAUUGGUCGUUGCUGGCACCGGCGAUCGACAUGGCGGAGGAUUCUGGGAAAUACGGCUCAUUUGCUUUCUUGCCUGUGGCUGUGGGAUUCACACUCGGAGCGGCCUUUGUUUACUUCGCUGACGUGGCCAUGCCCCUGCUGUGUUUGCUUGAUAAUGUUCUUAACAUUAUUCUCCUCUGUCGUGCAGAUAAAAUUGAUAAUGGAGAUGUGUACCAGAGGAGGAGAGGACCUCAUUCGCCAAACUCAGACGGACAGGAAACAGGAAGUAAGCAACAGGAAGAGGUCCGGCAGACAGCAAGCAGAUGGCGACGAAUCGUUCUCCUCAUCCUUGCCAUCACCAUCCACAAUAUUCCAGAGGGAUUGGCUGUGGGCGUUGCAUUCGGAGCCAUCGGGAAAACUCCAACUGCUACUUUUGAAAGUGCCAGAAAUUUGGCCAUCGGUAUUGGCAUCCAGAAUUUCCCAGAAGGCUUGGCGGUGAGCCUGCCGCUGCGGAGUUCAGGGGUCUCAACGUGGACGGCCUUCUGGUAUGGCCAGCUGAGUGGCAUGGUCGAGCCUAUUGCUGGGUUAGUUGGCGCCAUUGCUGUUGUCUUGGCAGAACCUCUGUUGCCAUAUGCGUUGGCGUUUGCUGCCGGGGCGAUGAUUUACGUGGUGGUGGAUGACAUCAUACCUGAGGCUCAAAGCAGAGGAAACGGGAAGCUGGCGUCCUGGACCACCAUCGUGGGCUUCGUAGUGAUGAUGUCACUGGACGUUGGGCUGGGCUGAGCUCACCGUGACAACAGAAGACUCAAUGAUGUCAUCAAUGUGCUGCUGACCUCAGUUUUUCUUUUUUUUUUUGAAAAGGGACCAAAUGGAGUGUUUUAUUGUGAAACACUGUUUAUCCAUUGUGUUUGAAACACGGAGAUCUUUUGUAAAACAAGUUGUGAGGGUGGAUUUGGGCUCAUGCUAGCAGUUCCUAAGAGCAGCUGUUACUUUUUUUCAAAUGGCAGACAUCUUCUUUAGGAAUGAAUUAAUGAAUAUUUUAUCAAUAUUCUCCCGAUUCUAGAAAUUUGUGAAUGUUUUGUUGUUUGCUUGAGUUUUACUUUUAGUUCUGAACGUUAAAUUAAUGUUUAAUUCCCCUUUUUGUUCUUCCUCAUGAUGGAAAUACUUGAAGUCUGGUGUUUUGAUUUGGUGCCGCCAAUGAAUGAUUACGUUUUGCUAACUCCAUUCUGUAUCAUUGUGGUAUAAUGAAAUAUGAAAUCUUCUAUAACAAACCCGUCACAUGCAGUGCCUUCUUGUUUUCAGGGCAGUCCGCUGCCAUCUACAGGCCGGUCUGAAGACUCGCAUGUUGUGGUCACAUGUCCAAUUAUUUAAAAUGCUGAAGUUUACGCUGAACAACAUGAAGUAUUUCUAGAAUUAAAAAACAAAGUGGUUAUCAAUUUUCUUCAA